GGCGGCGGGGCUGAGGCGGAGGAGAAGCCGGGACGGGUGCAGGAGGGUUCUGCAGUGCUCCAGGCAGCGAGUUUUGAAGCAGGAUGGGAAAAAGACGCUGUGUUCCUCCACUUGAGCCCAAGCUGGCAGCUGGCUGUUGUGGGGUGAAGAAGCCCAAAUUGUCUGGGAGUGGAACGCACAGUCAUGGGAAUCAGACCACAACUGUACCAAGCUCCAGUUCAGGUCCUCUUCAGAACCACCAGCAUACAGAUGGGAAUAAUGGAAGGGAGAACGUAUCUGACUUGACUUUGGGCCCAGGAAAUUCCCCAAUUACUCGAAUGAAUCCCACUUCAGGAGCUCUGAGCCCACUUACUCGGCCCAAUGGAACUGCCAACAGCACCAAGAACCUGGUGGUGACAGCAGAGAUGUGCUGCUACUGCUUUGAUGUACUCUACUGUCAUCUCUACGGGUUCCCUCAGCCACGGCUCCCUCGAUUUACCAAUGACCCCUAUCCACUCUUUGUGACGUGGAAGACGGGGCGAGACAAGCGGCUUCGUGGCUGCAUCGGGACCUUUUCAGCCAUGAAUCUUCACUCAGGACUCAGGGAAUAUACAUUAACCAGUGCACUUAAGGACAGCCGAUUUCCCCCCCUGACCCGCGAGGAGCUGCCCAAACUCUUCUGCUCUGUCUCCCUCCUCACUAACUUUGAGGAUGCCAGUGACUACCUGGACUGGGAGGUUGGAAUCCAUGGGAUCAGAAUAGAGUUCAUCAAUGAGAAAGGUGUCAAACGCACAGCCACGUAUUUACCUGAGGUUGCUAAGGAACAAGACUGGGAUCAGAUCCAGACCAUAGACUCCUUACUCAGGAAAGGUGGCUUUAAGGCUCCCAUUACCAAUGAUUUUAGGAAAACAAUUAAACUUACCAGGUACCGCAGUGAGAAGGUGACAAUCAGUUAUGCAGAGUACAUGGCCUCCCGCCAGCAUUGUUUCCAGAAUGGCACCCUUCAUGCCCCUCCCCUCUACAAUCAUUACUCCUGACACACGGCUGCAUGACCAGUCCCACUCCCCAGUUGCUGCCAACGGCUAUGACAUCAUCGGGGCAGACGCCUCCUCUUCCUGGUCCAGUUACUUCUAUUACUGCACCAUUUUAUGAUGCUAGCUUCCGUUGCCAAGUCUGCCUUCCCACUGACCUGGGGGGAGGAUGAGAGAGUGACAGGACUUCAGGGGCCCAAGCCUUAUCUCAGCCUUGCCUCCGAGCGGGGGUUCAGUUGGAUUGGGGCUCCAUGCCUACGAACUGUCGUGAGGUGCAGAAGACCUUUAGGAGUGAAAGUGCUGCUUCGGACUGAUCCGUUCCUGGGUGUUACUGACACUUUGGAAACCUGAGUUGUAUGUUAUGGAAGCCCCCCAGAUCAAGUAGGAGCAUUCCCCUGGCAGCCUGGGCAACGGAGUCCAACAAAACAUUUUUUAGGUUCUUCUUAAUUUUUUUUUAACCUCUGGUAUCUGUUGUGUACUGAGAGCUGAUUGCAGUCC